AUGGUACUUGAGAUAGAUGGAAAUCCGAAAACAACAUUGGUAUGUGUGAAUAGCCCACAUAAUUCGUCUGUGGUAGACGAGAUUGAGAAUUUUUAUACAACCCUUCGUUCAACCAUUGAGCAAGUACCUCUCCAUAAUUUUCUAGUUAUAGAUGGUGAUCUGAACGCUAGACUAGGACCCGAUGAGACCAAGUUUACUUUCAACGCUAGAACUAAUCGGAACGGGGAAAUGCUCAAAGACUUCUUAGAGGAAUUUAAUCUUUACACCUCCAACAAUUAUUUUAUGAAACCAAAAGGACAACUUUGGACAUUCGAGUCCCCACUUGGUGAUAGGGCACAAAUUGACUACCUAAUUUUUCGAAAGAAGUGGCGCAAUAGUGUUAAAGACUCGAGAUCCUACUCUUCCUUUCGUUCUGUCGGCUCUGACCACAGAAUUGUAUCAGCUACCGUUAAGCUUAGUCUUCGCUCAUCCAAAAAAGCUAAGCAUCACCCGAUGAAAACGAUCGACUGGGAGGAAGUCUCGUCUAACCCCGAUAUCUCCAAGCAAUUUACUAUUGAGGUCCUAUAA